GCUAGGCUGGCGCGGCUUGAGCCGCCGCCGCACUGACAGCUCGGGGUCUGCGGACCAUGGAGACCGGAGCCGGUCCACACCCGCUGCGCCUGUUCUUCUGCCGGAUGCCGCUCUGUCUCGGGCUGCUUUUGGGACCCUGGCGGCCUGGGACCGCCGAGGAAGUCAUCCUCCUGGAUUCCAAAGCCUCCCAGGCCGAACUGGGCUGGACUGCACUGCCGAGUAAUGGGUGGGAGGAGAUCAGCGGCGUGGAUGAACACGACCGUCCCAUCCGCACAUACCAAGUGUGCAAUGUGCUGGAGCCCAACCAGGACAACUGGCUGCAGACUGGCUGGAUCAGCCGUGGCCGCGGGCAGCGCAUCUUCGUGGAACUGCAGUUCACACUCCGUGACUGCAGCAGCAUCCCUGGCGCCGCGGCCACCUGCAAGGAGACCUUCAACGUCUACUACCUGGAAACUGAGGCCGACCUGGGCCGCGGGCGUCCCCGCCUAGGCGGCAGCCGGCCCCGCAAAAUCGACACGAUCGCGGCGGACGAGAGCUUCACGCAGGGCGACCUGGGUGAGCGCAAGAUGAAGCUGAACACAGAGGUGCGCGAGAUCGGACCGCUCAGCCGGCGGGGUUUCCACCUGGCCUUUCAGGACGUGGGCGCAUGCGUGGCGCUUGUCUCGGUGCGCGUCUACUACAAGCAGUGCCGUGCCACCGUGCGGGGCCUGGCCACGUUCCCAGCCACCGCAGCCGAGAGCGCCUUCUCCACACUGGUGGAAGUGGCCGGAACGUGCGUGGCGCACUCGGAAGGGGAGCCUGGCAGCCCCCCACGCAUGCACUGCGGCGCCGACGGCGAGUGGCUGGUGCCUGUGGGCCGCUGCAGCUGCAGCGCGGGAUUCCAGGAGCGUGGUGACAUCUGCGAAGCCUGUCCCCCAGGGUUUUACAAGGUGUCCCCACGGCGGCCCCUCUGCUCACCGUGCCCAGAGCACAGCCGGGCCCUGGAAAACGCCUCCACCUUCUGCGUGUGCCAGGACAGCUAUGCGCGCUCACCCACCGACCCGCCCUCGGCUUCCUGCACCCGGCCGCCGUCGGCGCCGCGGGACCUGCAGUACAGCCUGAGCCGCUCGCCGCUGGCGCUGCGACUGCGCUGGCUGCCACCGGCCGACUCGGGAGGUCGCUCGGACGUCACCUACUCGCUGCUGUGCCUGCGCUGCGGCCGCGAGGGCCCGGCGGGCGCGUGCGAGCCGUGCGGGCCGCGCGUGGCGUUCGUACCGCGCCAGGCAGGGCUGCGGGAGCGAGCCGCCACGCUGCUGCACCUGCGGCCCGGCGCGCGCUACACCGUGCGCGUGGCCGCGCUGAACGGCGUCUCGGGCCCGGCGGCCGCCGCGGGAACCACCUACGCACAGGUCACCGUCUCCACCGGGCCCGGGGCGCCCUGGGAGGAGGAUGAGAUCCGCAGGGACCGAGUGGAACCCCAGAGCGUGUCCCUGUCGUGGCGGGAGCCCAUCCCUGCCGAAGCCCCUGGGGCCAAUGACACGGAGUACGAGAUCCGAUACUACGAGAAGGGUCAGAGUGAGCAGACUUACUCCAUGGUGAAGACAGGGGCGCCCACAGUCACUGUCACUAACCUGAAGCCGGCUACCCGCUACGUCUUUCAGAUCCGGGCCGCUUCCCCGGGGCCAUCCUGGGAGGCCCAGAGCUUUAACCCCAGCAUUGAAGUGCAGACACUGGGGGAAGCUGCCUCAGGGUCCAGGGACCAGAGCCCCGCCGUUGUCAUCACCGUAGUGACCAUCUCGGCCCUCCUCGUCCUGGGCUCCGUGAUGAGUGUGCUGGCCAUUUGGAGGAGGCCCUGCAGCUAUGGCAAAGGAGGAGGGGAUGCCCAUGAUGAAGAGGAGCUGUAUUUCCACUUCAAAGUCCCAACACGUCGCACGUUCCUGGACCCCCAGAGCUGUGGGGACCCGCUGCAGGCUGUGCAUCUGUUUGCCAAGGAACUGGAUGCGAAAAGCGUCACGCUGGAAAGGAGCCUUGGAGCAGGGCGGUUUGGGGAGCUGUGCUGUGGCUGCUUGCAGCUCCCCGGUCGCCAGGAGCUGCCUGUAGCCGUGCACACGCUGAGGGACAGCGCCUCCGACUCACAGAGGCUCGGCUUCCUGGCCGAGGCCCUCACGCUGGGCCAGUUUGACCAUAGCCACAUCGUGCGGCUGGAGGGCGUUGUUACCCGAGGAAGCACCUUGAUGAUUGUCACCGAGUAUAUGAGCCAUGGGGCCCUGGACGGCUUCCUCAGGCGGCAUGAGGGGCAGCUGGUGGCUGGGCAACUGAUGGGGUUGCUGCCUGGGCUGGCAUCAGCCAUGAAGUAUCUGUCAGAGAUGGGCUACGUUCACCGGGGCCUGGCAGCUCGCCGUGUGCUGGUCAGCAGCGACCUUGUCUGCAAGAUCUCUGGCUUCGGGCGGGGCCCCCGGGACCGAUCAGAGGCUGUCUACACCACUAUGGGUGGCCGGAGCCCAGCGCUAUGGGCCGCACCCGAGACGCUUCAGUUUGGCCACUUCAGCUCCGCCAGUGACGUGUGGAGCUUCGGCAUUAUCAUGUGGGAGGUGAUGGCCUUUGGGGAGCGGCCUUACUGGGACAUGUCUGGCCAAGACGUGAUCAAGGCUGUGGAGGAUGGCUUCCGGCUGCCACCCCCCAGGAACUGUCCUAACCCUCUGCACCGACUAAUGCUCGACUGCUGGCAGAAGGACCCAGGUGAGCGGCCCAGGUUCUCCCAGAUCCACAGCAUCCUGAGCAAGAUGGUGCAGGACCCAGAGCCCCCCAAGUGUGCCCCGACUACCUGUCCCAGGCCUCCCACCCCGCUAUCGGACCGUGCCUUCUCCACCUUCCCCUCCUUUGGCUCUGUGGGCGCGUGGCUGGAGGCCCUGGACCUGUGCCGCUACAAGGACAGCUUCACGGCUGCUGGCUGUGGGAGCCUGGAGGCCGUGGCCGAGAUGACUGCCCAGGACCUGGUGAGCCUAGGCAUCUCUUCGGCUGAACAUCGAGAGGCCCUCCUCACUGGGAUCAGCGCCCUGCAGGCACGAGUGCUCCAGCUGCAGGGCCAGGGGGUGCAGGUGUGAGUGGACCCCAUUCUUCCAAGGCAGGACUCCGGUGGGGGUCCAGAUCCCCCAGCCCUGCUCAAGGACCAUGGCAAGCUGCGCUCCAGCAGUGUGGGAGGGAGCGCUCUCUUCCUCCGCUUGGGCCCAGAUCUGGUUUGGGGCCACAGCUUCCCCGCUUUCACUGCCUGCCCCUCCCAUUUUCACCAGUCUGAACGCCUUGGCUAACUCAGUGCCCCUGAAAAGAGGUUCAAAUCCCUAGGGAGGACCCGUGAGAUAACAGCAGAGAAGAGCUGGGGCAGGGAUGGGAGGGAAGAGAGUGGGUUGAGAUUGCCCUGGCUCAUGCCCUACUGCCAUUUGUACCCACUGGGGGCUGGGGCCUACCCCGUGGGGUGUUCCCUUUUCCCACAGACCCAUUGACCAGUCAGACAGUGUGGGUCCUGGGGGGCUCUUGUUCUACCUGGCAGUGACUGCAGCUGCCUGGUGGCUCAGGCGUCGGGGGCUGGGCCAGAGGUGCAUCAUCCUCAGCUCCCUGUGCCUUGGCAGGGGCUGACUGGACACUGGCCAAGGCCCAGGCAGGCAAAGAUGAUACUGAGCUCAGGGGCUGAUACCCAAGAGCCCUAGACUCAGGAGCUGGUUUCUGUGUCCCCCUGCCUUGGGCUGACAGUUCAGGGUGAGGUCAAGAGUCCUGGCUAGGCCGGUCCAUAAGAGGCCCUGGUGCUCCCUGGGGCCCCAUGACGCCCUCGUGUGCAUUCCUUUUAUGAACUCAGUGGCCAGGACAUCUGGGAAAAGCAUAAAGGGCCAUGUUAUCUCCCCAGGGACCCAAGAGCUUUUCUCUCCAGCCUUGGGGAGGGUGAAGAGGAGACUCAGAGAUGGGUCCUCUCUCUCAGACAGGCUUGUCUAACCCCCAGUGUACAGAUGGGGGAAACUGAGGCCAAGUGAGGCGCCAGGAGCAGAGCUGGGGUCAGAACCCAAUCCAGGGAUGAGGCUGACUCUGGAGAGAGAGUCCUUGGUCCUGCCCUAUGGCACCACCACUUCCCUGUACAGCCCGUGGGGACUCUAGAGGCGACUCCCCUCCAGCCAGCUCCGUGCCCUGGGCACUACCCAGCCUUCCAUGGAGCCCCUCCCUUCUCUGACUUCAUGGAGCCCUGGCGAAGUGGUUGUGCUGAGCCCACCAUGGAGUUCCUUAUCCACAAGGGCCCCUGGGAAUGGUGGGUCCCAGGAUGCCAGGGCUUUUGUAGGAUGGCAGGAAGGCAGCUGGAUCUUGGCAGGGCCACAGGGGCUGAGUUUGUUCAGGCCGCCCCUGACACUUGUCUGCUCUGCUUGGCUGUGUGUGGGUGGGGUGGGAUGGGGUGGGAAAGAGGAGACAAGGGGUAGAGGAAAGAUGAAAAAGACACACAGCCUGCUCUUGGGGGGCUCAGACUAGACCAGGAGAAGAGCUCAGGUACCAAGAAGUAAUUCCAGGGCACCAUACACCAGUGCCCAGGGCCCCCCAGGAGCCCUCUGGGUCAGUGGGUGGGUGGGCUGGAGGGGGAGAUAGCCACUCUCCUGAUGUGUGAAGUUGAGAUGUAAGUUGAACAGGGUCUUGCAGGUGGGAAAGGGAAGGUUCUUUCCUUGGGGUGGGUGGCGUGUUCGGCAGGCAAGAUGGCAGGCCUCGGACAAGAGGAGUCCAUGCAGAGAGGCUAGCAUGAGAAAGAGCCCAGAGGCGGGAAGGUUCAGUGCAUCUUUCCAGAGCACCCAGAGGUGGGGGACAGUGACUCACAGAGGUGCCUUUGGCCUCACCCUGCCAUCAGCAGCUCCUGUGCUCUUGGAAUCUCCCCCAACCCCCUGCCUCCCUGUCUCCUGAGCACCUGCCCCAGCUCAGUGACUCUGGGGGUACUGGGGAGACCAAGAUGUUGCUACCACCUUAGUCAGGGUUGGGGGGGCCCCUGGCCAGGUGUCCUCCAGGAUCCGCCUUCCCCCCCCCUCCUGGGAAGCCUGGACCAGCAUCCCUUCUUGGGUGGAUGGAGCCUCAUCCCCAUCUCCAGCUACAUCAGUCAUUCUCUGCAGGGCAAAAUCUCCCCCUACCCUAGUGGUUUCUGCAGAAGGGCGCCUGGCUGUGUUGUCAGGACUUCGGUGUCCAGGGUAGAUCUCGCCUCCACCUGAGGAGUGAGGUCCCAGAAUCCUGUUGGGUCCCAGGCCUCAGCCCUGCACAGGUGUGAUGUGGGGCGAUGGCUGUCUGGGAACCCUCUACAGAUCUAUUUUUAUAUGGAACUUGUUCACUAGACAGAGGUGGCCUGCAAGCCCCCAUUACCCUGGUCUGAGCUCACCCUGGGAGGAAGGGGGCCAGUCGGAGGGGGUUCCUUCUGGAGAUGUUUUUAUAUUUCUUGGGUUCUCUAUGCAGGGUAAUAAAAACUUGUCUGUGAUAUGGUGCCUCUUUGAGUGUCAGUUGCUUGAUCAUUGUAUAGCUGGUGUGGAAGGGUUUCUGCCCCCUUCCUUGAGGACAGCGGUGUCCAGAAUGUGCGUCUGAGAUCUCUCUGCAUAGAG